AUCCGAAGCGCGAGGCGAUUCCUCUCCGUGCUUUCCCCCCUUUCGCAGACCGGCGCCAAGAUGGCCGGUGGCAGGCGGUGAGGCGGCGGCCGGGCGCGGGGAGCGUGCCUGCGUGGGAAGCCGCGCAGCGCCAUGUCCGCCUUCGCCCUGGAGGAAACGCUGGAGGCCGACUGGGUGGCCGUGAGGCCUCACGCCUUCCAGGAGCGGGAGAAGCACAAGUUCGUCUUCAUCGUGGCCUGGAACGAGAUCGAAGGCAAGUUCGCCAUCACCUGCCACAACCGCACGGCGCAGCGCCAGCGCGGCGGCUCCCGCGAGCCCACCCCGAGGCCCGGCGGCGCUGCGGGCCGGGGCGCGGAGCCAGGGCCGCCGCGGGGCCGCGAUGAGGCGGCGGCGCGCGGUGCGGGGAGCCCGGCCCGGCGGCGGGGCCCCGCGGCGGCGUGCGGCCCCGAGGACAUCGAGGUGCUGGAGCCGGGCAAGGAGGAGGGGGCCGCCGGGCCGCCGCCCUCCGAGCCGACCGUCCCCGACGCGGAGCCCGUAGGGGAGGAGUGCAGCUGGGCCGGCCUCUUCUCCUUCCAAGAUUUGAGGGCUGUGCACCAGCAGCUGUGCUCGGUGAACUCCGAGCUGGAGCCUUACCUGCCCGCCUUCCCAGAGGAGCCCUCGGGCAUGUGGACCGUACUUUUCGGAGCCCCGGAGCUCUCGGAGCAGGAGAUGGACGCGCUCUGCUGCAAGCUGCAAGGUUACUUGGUCCACAGCUUGGAUACCUGCGGCUGGAAGAUACUGUCGCAGAUACUCUUCGCCGAGACCGACGACCCCGAAGAGUAUUACGAGAGCCUGAGUGAACUGCGACAGAAGGGGUACGAGGAGGUGCUGCAGCGGGCCCGCCGGAGAAUCCAGGAGCUCUUAGAAAAACAUAAGAACACAGAAAGCAUGGUAGAGCUGCUUGAACUGUAUCAAAUGGAAGAUGAAGCCUACAGUAGUCUCGCAGAAGCUACCACUGAGCUCUACCAGUACUUACUACAGCCAUUCCGAGAUAUGAGGGAACUUGCGAUGCUUAGGAGGCAGCAGAUAAAGAUCUCCAUCGAGAAUGACUACCUAGGCCCCAGAAGAAUUGAAAGUCUGCAAAAAGAAGAUGCUGAUUGGCAGAGAAAAGCCCACAUGGCUGUGCUAUCGAUUCAAGAUCUCACAGUUAAAUACUUUGAAAUAACAGCUAAAACACAGAAAGCUGUAUACGAUCGGAUGCGAGCAGACCAGAAAAAAUUUGGUAAGGCAGCAUGGGCAGCAGCAGUGGAACGUAUGGAAAAGCUUCAGUAUGCAGUUUCUAAGGAGACUUUGCAAUUGAUGCGUGCUAAAGAAAUCUGUUUGGAGCAGAAGAAACAUGCACUGAAAGAGGAGAUGCAGAGCCUGAAAGGUGGUACAGAAGCCAUAGCACAUUUGGACCAGUUAGAAGCUGCUUAUUAUGAUCUACAGCUUCAGUUAUAUGAAGUGCAGUUUGAGAUCUUGAAAUGUGAAGAGCUGCUGCUGACAGCACAACUUGAAAGCAUCAGAAGACUGAUGUCAGAGAAGAGAGAUGAAGUGGUAUAUUAUGACACUUAUGAAAGUAUGGAAGCCAUGCUUGAAAAAGACGAUAUGGCAACAUCUAUACACUUGCAAAAAGAGGAGCUACAAAAGUUACAACAAAAAAUCCGCCAGCUGGAAGCAAGGCGUGGACGUAUUUCAGCCAAGAAAGCCUACCUCAGAAAUAAGAAGGAGAUCUGUAUUGCAAAGCAUAGUGAAAAGAUCCAGCAGCGUCACCAGAGUGUGGAGGAAUGUAAAAUGCACCAUGCUGUUCAGCUAAAGAGAGAUCAGUUACAAGAUGAAGAGGAAAGAAAGAGCUCCUGGGUUAGUCAGGAACGACAGAAAACACUGGACAGACUUCGCACAUUUAAACAGCGGUACCCUGGGCAAGUAAUACUUAAGUCAACCAGACUACGGCUGGCUCAUGCAAGAAGAAAAUGUGCAGCCAGCUCAGUGUCCUGUGUUGAUCAGCCUCAGUCUUUGCCAGCAACCAUACAAACCCAAGAGAAAAGUGAAGACGUAGAAUUGGAAAAUGCAGUUAAGCCUUUGCAAGUGCAGGAAUCUACAGGCUUAGAACAACAUCAGGAUAUCUCGUUACCUCCCACUGGUGUUACCUCUGAACUGCCUCAAGUUGGUACUUCUACACUCACCACUAAUGAGCUUCAGCCAGAGACUGUUACUGUAGUACCGCUUCCACCCCCCUUGCCUCCUCCACCUCCACCUCCACCUUUACCGUCCAAGGAAGAUGCCACAAAAUCCUUAGAGAAAAAUGACAGCAUUGUUAAGCGUCAAAGUGAGGAGAAAGGAGUCCAGCACUCUUCUGGUUUCCCACCAGCACAUCUGUUUGACAGCAGUCAGCUAGUCAGUGCCAAGAAGAAGCUGAAGAAGACAGGUGAUCUGGAGAGUUUACAGAGGAGAAGAGUGAGUUCUCCAAUGGAUGAAGUGCUGGCAUCUUUGAAACGUGGCAGCUUUCACUUAAGAAAAGUUGAGCAGAGAAGUCUCCCUCCUUUUCCUGAUGAAGAUGAUAGCAAUAACAUCUUGGCACAGAUCAGGAAAGGGGUGAAACUGAAGAAGGUGCAGAAAGAUGUUUUGAAAGAAUCCUUUACAAUUCUGCCUGAUACUGACCCACUGACAAGGAGCAUCCAUGAAGCAUUGCGACGAAUUAAGGAAGCAUCACCUGAAUCAGAGGAUGAAGAGGAGAGUUUGCCUUGCACAGACUGGGAAAACUAACCUGUGGUUCGCAGCCACUGAUGUGAGAAAAGAAACCCCAGUUGAAGAUUACUUUUCCUCCUCACUUCUGAAAAUUCAGAGCCAGCAGUUACGACCAUCAAUUCCACGGGAGGCUUUCUUUGGCAAAGAAAUAGUCUUUCUUUGGCAAAUUAUACCAUUUGAGGAAAAAAUCGCCUGAAAUGUUAAUAUUUGGGUGGCUUUUUUCUUUAAUUUGUUCCAAAAAUUCUGGUUUGGACAGAAAGCUAAGAUGUUUAGAUGUGCGUUUUAUAUAAUCAAGAACACCCGUUUCUCAAGCACUUUUUAUAUUUGUGUUGUAAUGUGUGGCCAGUGAAGCGAGGGGGGCAUUUUGAGCAGAGAGAAUACUUGCUUUUAGAAUAACUUUGAGGUUUGGGCAAGACAUCAAACCAGAUAUAAAACCUCCCCUUCACUGCAUUGAAUAUAUCUCCUUUAAAGUCCAAUCAGAUGGCUCCUUGCAGAGAAGCUUGCUAUGUAGUUGUGUGGUACUCCAGAAAGACCAGAAAUCUUAAUUGUACUACAGUAGCUGAAAUUCAGUAACAUGCAACUGAGACUUUUUUCCUUCUUAGUUUAAAGAAGUGUAUGUCGGUAUGUCAGUAUGGAAAGUAACAAGUGACCACAGCACAAUGAGAAAUGAGUUGAAUUCAGUACAUAUUCAAUAACGUGUGUUGUGGUACAUUUAGGAAGACAUACUACAGCACCUUUUCAGAAGGUCAUUUGUAGUGUUACAGCUUUUCAAAGUAGAUGUUUUCAUGCUUUUUUAAAAAUACUUCACUAUGCUGAACUAAGUUAGUUAUACUUUUGUCUUUCAUUAUGAGAAGCACUAUUUUGUUAUUUCAUACUUCACUUUUUUCUUUUGGUUUAAAAUGGCUUUUUACUGUAAGCAGCCUUAUUUAAAAAGAUCCGAGCACUUAAACAUACCGAUAAUUCAGUUGUGAGGAUCAUGCAUCUUUUGCUGGUUUUUAUUAUUCCCUUUAGUGGCUGCAAAAAUGUUUGUAUUUCAGACCCAAAAGCCUAGUGGCUGAAAAAAAGAGCCCUUUUGAUUCUAACUGUUUUUUUUAAAGGAAAGUUACAAUUUCCUCUGCACUGAACAAAUAGAAGUAAUCCUAAUCAUCAUGACUAACGGCUGCAGGUAACUACUCUUAACGAUACUCCAGUGCUAAAAGGUAUGUCAAUACCUUGUACCAUCUAGAAACUGCAUGUGAUUAUAAAUUCAGCCCAUUAGAAUUUGAAGAAAACCAGAUUUUCACUAGCAUUUUAUUUUCACUAGUGAGAUAUACGCUUGUUUGACAAAUAACAGCCCCUGUCCUUUAUGUAGCACACUCCAGUCACUGUUCAUAUUGUGACAGGUCAGAGAUAAACUGCUAUGUGGAUUUUUAAGUGGAGUUAUGCAUUGCUGUAUCAUGUAAUGGAACACAUUCUAUGUUAAUGCUUGUAACAGGAGAUUUCAUGUCUUGCCAUUUAUUUAUAUAGAGAGGAACAAAACUUACCUUAGCACUAGGCUGUGUAACUUAAAGGAACCUCAGCUAGUGGACCAACUAGUUGUUUUGCUGUGGCUGGCCUGAAAUUAAAGCUCAGUCAAACAUCUUAAGGGGAUGUCACUUUAAUGUUGCUAUCAGCAGACAUUUUCUUAACCUUGUUGCCUUAUUUAUAAAGUUGGUGAACAUUGAUUUCCAAAGCACCUGUGAGCAGUGUUACUCUUAAGAGUUUUAUCAGUUUUGCUCCCUUAGCAGGUCUAUGUUCUUCUGUCCUGACAUCAGCUCUAUGAAACACUUGAUACUGGCUUUCCAAGGACCUAAAACUUCAUGAUGUUUUUUUUCUUAAACUGCUUCUCUGAACUCAGAGUUACAUGGUGUGGUUGUAAGCUGUCUUAAUACCGUGUUCUUGUAGCAGUAACAGCAAUUUCAAAUUCCAUUAUAUUCAUUUGACAUUGCCUGUACCAUAAGCUGUGGUGUAUUUUUGCUCUACAUUUCUCCGUAUUUCCAGUCACACCACAUGUUAAAACUGAGGUAGUCAAAUAAGUUUUCGGCUGUAGCACAAAUGAUGAUUCCACUGUGAUGUAGAAUGGUACCUCAGAUUAUACAGUUAAUCUGAAACUUAGUGCUAAAUUAACGGUGAUUGAGCUACUUAUAUUACGUCCCUUUUUAUCUCUGCAGUUUUAGUACUUAAAUUAUGCAUAUUGGACACCAGCAAAAAUCCAAGGUGAGGAAAAUAGUGUAAUUUUAAAGUAUAGGUGUAAUGGUCCCCUUGAACAACAUUUAUGUCUGCAGUUUACCAGUGUUGUGAUUUAUGUAAGCAGUUCCAUGCUGUACUGUUUUCAGAUUUGUUUGCCACAUGAGCUGUCCUCUUUGUUUUGAAAAAUGUGUGCACGAUUGAGAAAAUGUACUGUCCUUAAUCUGGUUUAUUUUUAGCUGAAAUCUUAUGUUCCUGUAAUAGCUUAGUUUAUAGAAAUGGAGUUCUCAUAUUAACAUGCAUUUUAAGUACAUGCUAAAAGUGGUUGUUAUGCUGAGCAUAGCAGCUUCUAUCAGUUCAAAACUGCCAUCUUCAAUGGGGAAAGAAAAUCUUUUUUGUCCUUACAUACUGCUAAAAAAAAAUCCCAGAUUUUAAACCUGCAUGAGUCACUAGAUGUCGCAAUUUCACAUAAUUCUCCACUUUUGUCUAAAAAACUGUGCAUGUGUAGUGUACAGGCUAAUGCAUAAAAUUUCCGAUGCUCUGUAAUGUGAAAUUCUGCAUUGGGAUGGCUGGAGCAGCAAAUAGGGAAAGUUUAAAUAUAUUCACAAGAAACUUAGGGAAAUUAAGACAGUCUUGCACUCAGUUUAUUUCUUUCAUAGCUGAGAAAAGCUGUAACAAUUUUGUUGGUCCUUGAGAAAUCUUAGCAAGCAUCACUACAGAAAAAACAGGUGCAAGGAAGGAGAGCCUCCAUAAAAAGAUCUCUCUACUUAUUACUGUUAUUUUUCAGUUAUGGCUGGGCUUCAUUAUUGUAGCUGCCUUGUUCUGUUGCUAGUCAUUUAUAUUAAGCAGUUUGUCAGCUUUCAUGCUUUUUUUCAUCUUUAGAAACUUCUUUGUUCAAUUAAAACUGUUUUAGUAUAGUGUAUCUGAUCCAGUGAGGUGAAGAGUUGGGAAUACAUAAGGUUUAUUUAAUGCAUAUGUGAGGACUGAAAAAUCUUUUAGGAGUGAGAAAAGAAACUAAAUACUCGGUUUCUUCUGAAAUAACCAAAAUGCAAGCUAAAAAGCAAUAGCCUUUUGAUCAGAAAUGGAAUUUGCAUGAACAUGAAUUCUAUGCUUUCAUUCAUAGAGGUUCCAGAUCCUUUAGAAAUGACCAACAGUCUUUUGUUAUUGACUUUGAUAUUUUUUCAGAUGUUAGUUCUGUCUAGGGUAGAUGAACGCUUUUUUAUUUUUUCUUAAAUACCAUUUUUAUUUCUGCUUUUUGGUUGUUUUUUUUUUUUUUAAAUCUGACAGUCUGUAUCCUACACCAGACACCUGUAAAAUAGAUUAGUAUGAUUACAUAUUGUGUUCUUUUGUGGCUGCAUUGGGGAUAAAAUUCAACAUUUUUAACUACAUUAUUUGUAAAGAAUCAUUUUGAAUAUAAGCACUAUAUUCUGUAAUGUUCAAUAUUAAAGUAAUGACAGGUGCAUUAUUGAAGCUGCAACUUACUGAGAAGAGGCAGAAACUUUGGUUAAUGUUACUCUUAUUCUGUUUGUUGCACUGAAUUUUGAGGUUUGUAAAUCAAGUUGGCUCGCGUGUGUUACCAGAUUUUAUUUUUAAUUGCAAUGCUUAUGUAAUUAAAUUACCUGGGUAUAUUUUUGGUAAUGAUUCCAUAAGCAUGGACAAGAUGUUAAUUUUAGCACUAGAAUUAAUGUUAAGAACAAGCAAAGCUUUUUGCAAAGGAAAGGAGUUAACAAAAGCACCUUACUGGGAGAGUGCAUUGCAUGAUUUCAGUGCUACUGGAGCUGACAGAGACAGUAGGUCAUCCUAAACUUGACUGCAAAUUGCUCUUUGGUGCAAUAAGCACGUUGACGUAUUGCUAUCAAUGCUGUAAAAAGCACAGCAGUGGCUGGUUUUAACCUAUAAAUAUACUGUAACUUAAACUUUUCCUCCCAAAUAAAUCUAUAUUUAAUUGCUGCCUAAUACAGAAAUACUUAGAAUUUUUAGGAGGGUCAAGGGUGGGCGGGCAUGCCAGUAUAUUUUUGGGGUGGGCUUUUGUAUAUACAAUUCUUUGCACUUCCCAUUCAGUUUGACUAGUAAUACAAAACUCCCAGCUCUGACUGUGGUGAAUCAACAACCUGACAUUUAUGUAUUUUCAUUGUGAAAAGGUCUUCUUGAUUCUGUGGCCCAGAGCUUCAGAAUUUCACAGAAAAAGUUGUUCUUUCCAUUCUCAAAUGUGAAUGCUCUGAUGUACAUCUAAUAUGGAAAAUGACCAAGCAAUGAAUUUUACUAUGCUGAAUUUCCAGUAGUAAUGUAGAGUAUUGUUUAAAGCUGUUUUGAUGAGUAUAGUCCAUACUCCGCAGAGAUUUUAUUCCAGAGACUGUCAUGUCACCUAUUCAGUAAUUAGUUUGCCGUAGACUAGCUUGAGUUUCAGAUAUAGAAACAUGUUUUCGUUUUCUGAAUUCAGAAAUUCUGAAUUCAAUAUUGGGGAUAUUAGCUUAAUGUCUUGCAGCUUGUUACUGUGGUUGCUAUAUGUUUUGAAUUUCAUUUUAAAUACAUACAAAUGCGCCAUCAUAAGAUGAAAGUUUUAAGAAAUACAGAUGGCUGCAGGUUUUCUUGCAUGAAUGAAGCCAGUGAAGUUUAAUGAAACUAACUUCUUCGUUAAGCCUAUUGACUAGGAAUAAUCAAAAGAAAAUAAAUUUGCCAUUCACUGGCUUUGUGCAAUAUUAUCAGUAGACUCAAACACUACUAGCACAUUGUGCUUGGCUUUAAGAAAGUUCUUGAACUCCAUUAUAUUCAAAAGGACAUAUUAAAUGUGUAUUUUAUUGUAAAUGACUCUGCAAAUUUACUAUGCCUAAAAAUGCUCAAUGUUAUAAAGUGUUAAGCAACAAGUAUGUUUAAAAUAAAGGUAAAAACAUUUCUAGCAAUACCUAAAAACUAAAAAAAGUUUUAACUGUCUGCCUUCUGCUCUUUUUUCUUUAAUGCAGCUUUUCUGCAAUGUAAGUUUAUUGCUGUGUUUUUCAUGUUUUUUAUUGUCAUGACUCAAAUUUAAACCUGUACACAAAAUACUGCACUCACCUUCUUGUACACGCGAUGUAACAUCAUACUCACAGUUUUGGUGCUUUAAAAUAUUCCUUUUGUCUUUAUUAAAGGAUAUUUAUUUGA